CACAGUUCGGUUCAGGAGACGAGAGCGGUCCCGUUCAUGUAUCAUUCGAUAUGGCAGUAGACUUCAUACCAAGUGCUCCAACGUAGCGUGCAGUGCCUGCGUUGUUCCUUAGAUAAGAUGCAUGACCCUAAUGGCAAUUCGUACGUCCCAGGCUUGUUGGAGAAUACCGCAGGUUUUUGCGAUGAGACUCAGCAGUCAGUGACCAUGUCAUGUCAGUCACGACUCCAGCGACACGGGCAGAGAGCAGCAGACCAUCUGGGCGCAAACCAGGCAGCAGCAAUGCCUGUCAUGUGCGUUCUCGCUCUGGGAACCAUAACCGUGAAACCGUUCGACAAAAAGACGUUCAACGUCCCAUCGCGCAAAAAGGCAAUCAAAGCACCCCAACACUACCAAAUCAAAAGGCCCACCCACCCACGCACACAUACCCAUCACCCAUGCCAAAGCCCCCACCCAGCAAGAAACGCACGCAAAAAGCGCAAAAAAAAGAAUUUUAUCAGCCCACCACCUGAAAGCUCCAGCCGCAAUGGUACGCGGAAAUCUCCCAGGCAGCGAACCGAUAAAGAUAGGCCAAGCACCGACUCGAACCUACGAAGAAGCUCUAAGCGAGAGAAACCGGCCGGGUAGAAACUGGUAAGGAGGGCGGCGCCAAAACCACUAGGCCAAUCCGUCCUCCUCCGCCAGAGUCCUUUCUCUCGCUUUGUUUGAAUCGAUGGGAGAAGGUGGGAGUUUGGGGGUUAUAUGGGGCCUGUUUUUUGGGGGGUGCUGGGGAUUGUGAAUUUGGGUGAGGGUGUGACGGGGAGGGAAGGAAAGCGGGGCGAGGUGGUGAAAGACGGUGCUUGGGAUGGGUCCAGGGUCCGGACUUUAGGCUGCAGGUGGAGGUCUGCGGUUGGGGAAUA